GCUCUUCCGCAGCGGCGCCAUGGCGCUCUCCGAGGCGGCGGCCGGCGGCUGCCCUCUGCGGUGGCCUCGCGUGUUGCUUUUCGGUGACUCCAUCACCCAGUUUUCUUUUCAGCCGGGUGGAUGGGGAGCGGCUCUGGCUGACAGACUGGUCAGGCGGUGCGACGUGGUGAACCGCGGGUUUUCCGGCUACAACUCGCGGUGGGCCAGGCUGGUCCUCCCGCGGCUGCUCGGGGCCGGCGCGGCCGCGCCCGAGGCCGUCACCAUCUUCUUCGGUGCCAACGACAGCGCGCUGAGAGACGAGAACCCGAAGCAGCACGUGCCCCUGGCCGAGUUCGCCGCCAACCUGGCGGGCAUGGUGCGCGUCCUGGCGUCGGCCGGCGUGCCCGCCGAGCGCGUGGUGCUGGUGACGCCGCCCCCGCUCUGGGAGCCCGCGUGGGAGAAGGAGUGCGCGGCGCAAGGUUACAAGUUAAAUCGCCUGAACUCUGCUGUUGGUGAGUAUGCCCGUGCGUGUUUACAAGUGGCCCGCGACUGUGGCACCGAGGCCCUGGACCUGUGGACAUUGAUGCAAAAGGACAACCAGGACUUCUCGGCCUACUUGUCUGAUGGACUACACCUGUCACCCAAGGGGAACGAGUUUCUGUUUUUGCAUCUGUGGCCUCUGAUAGAGAAGAGGGUGUCUCAUCUGCCUUUGCUGCUGCCAUACUGGAAGGAGGUGUCAGAAGCUGAGCCUGAACUGAGUCUGCUGGGAGGCGGGGAGCACGCGUGAAUCCCAGGGAGCCAGGACUGAUGGGCCAGGUUCCACAUCUUGAAGCCGACAUUCCAAGGAGGCUCCAAACCUGCACUUACGCCCUGGACCAAAGCCACUAACAUUUGCUCCCAACACUAAUAAUAAAGUCUUUAGAAGUUUUUCAUUUCA